AUGAAUGAAGUCAAUACAGAAGAAAAAUCUGAACUGUUCCCUGAUUUCCUUCUACUUCCUCAAGACGUUCAAGAUUGCUUACUGCAGAUAAAGAAAAAACCCAAGGAUACCAAACAGGUAUCGACAGCAGUGAGAGCCUUCCAUUCCCUGCAAAAGAAGUACGCUAACGAAAGACAUUUGCUAACUCCAUCAUUUUAUCACUACAUUUUAUAUAUUGUGGCCAAGAAACACAAACAUCUCCCAACAUCUAUCAGCUUGGCAAAAUUUUAUUACGAGUUAGGUGUCAUGUCUACACUGAGUCUCCGAUAUUUUCUUUCAUGCUUUUGCACCAAUUUGAAUCAAGAAUAUUUGCUUUUACAAAAUAUUUGGAAUUUUCUCUUAUCGGGAGGAAAAAUUCAAGAAUUCUCAUUAGAAUCAAAUUCACCCAAUCACUUGUCUACAUUAAUUAGUACAUCAAAGCAAACUACGAGACAUUAUCGUAAAUCCUCGGAUAUUAAGAGUGACAUACCCAUAGAUAAGCUUUCAUUCAAAAUGUUUUUGUGUUGCUUGUUGGAGCGAUACGACUUAAAUUUUGAGGACUCAUCAUUUGAUCAAUUAAUCAUUGAGGGUGACAAAAAACUAUCAGAAAAACUUGGAUAUAUCGAAACUGUACCACUCCAUGUCAAGGUUCAAUACGUUUUAUUACACAUGAUCAAAUUGAACGUGGAGAUUGAUUGGAAACAUUAUAGGGUUUUACUUUUUGCAUAUAUUCGAGAGAACAAACUCGAGGCCCUCAAACGAUUAAUAGAAACCCUUUUUCAAUCAAGUGAAACAUACAACCCUCUCUCUGUGUUCAAUGCAGAAAUGGUACCAGGCUAUUCUUCAAUGACCUUUAAUGUACUGCCCCAAGAAACGAAACCUCUGAAAAAUAUUCAACGCCUUCUUUCAGUGUUUUUGAACGAAUGCUCCAAAUACAAGAGACCAGAAAUGUCCAAAUACUUGUUGACAACACUCUCUCAAUUUUUAGACAGCAAUACCAAAUCAAUUAACACAUUAUUGAACAAUUUAAUUGAACUUGGAGAAAUUCAAGCUCUUGAUGUUUUCGAGGAGACCAAGAAACGCUUUCCCAACCAUCUCAAUAUUGCAACUCUAGCAAUAGUUAUUAAGGGAUAUUCAUUUUUCGUGAGUCGAACAAAAGAUCCACACAUCAGAAUAACCCUUUUCGAAAAAGGAAAACAAAUUAUUAAUGUACUAUCGGAAUUGAAGUUGAAACCAGAUGAGCCUUUCUUGAAAAGUUACUUUUACUUUUUACAUACAUGCAACCCAUAUGUUGACAUUAGCGAAGGUGACAUCAAGGCAGUGACAGCUGUUAUGAACCAUUGGAAUAUUGCAAUGAACGAUCGCAUUUUGGUAUCAAUAAUGAUGGCUCUAUGUAGAAAUAGCAUUAAUUUGAGCUACUUUACGAGGUAUUUAAAGACUGCAAAAUCUAUCAACACAGAGAUUGUAAAUUGGGCGCUUACCACAUGUUACUAUUUAAAACGAAAAGCAGAUUCCGUUGUACUCAUGAAAUAUUAUACAACUGAUAAGGCUAAUAGUCACUAUUUGGCUCCAUACUCGGCUCAAACUUUCAACAUUUAUUUCAACAUUUGGAAGUCUUUGGUACUUUCAGACCAGGACACGCAUGAUUAUCCAAUUCAGAAAAUAAUUGAUAACAUGGAAACUUGUUUUGAAAAGAGAACAAUUGAACCUACUGCGGACCUUCUUUCAAGUCUUGGAUCUGUCAUGAUCAAAUUUAUGCAACUCAAUCGUAUGGACGGAGAGACCAUGUUGAAAAAACUCACAACAAUCAUCUCAAAAUAUUAUCCUAGAGAGUUAAUAGCAUGCAAUCCUAGAUUUAUUUCUCUCUUCCUUUCAACAGUCGUGUCUGGAGACAAUGUUGACAUGAACGUUCUCAACAAAGCAAUUGAAUUACUCGAGACCUAUGACGAGGAUUUUUUGGAUGUUGUUCACUAUACACAAUUGUUACGAAUUAUUAACUUGAGCCCUUUAACAUCAAGAAUGAAAUUAAUGAAGCCAAUAUUGGAUAAAAUGGCUCAACACAAGCAAUAUCCUAACUCGAUCACGUUACGUAUGAUUGUUGAGAUCAUUCUCAAAGAAGCACCUCAUAUGCGAACAUUAAUUCAAUACAUUUUAUUAAUCAUGAAAACUAGAGCAGCUAUGGACAUUGAAGGUAUUGACAAGAAGGUUAGAGGCGUCGACUCUCUUGCAUGGAUUGAACAAUUAUCAAAAUUAUUGAACGAAUAUUAUGAACACGAUACCACAUUCUCAAUCUCAGAAUUAUUGACACAACCAGAAAGUAAUAAUGUCCACUCUUCGAAUUCCUCGACACACUCUUCACAAAGCAAUCAACCAUCUGGUGGAGAUGGAACAACACAAGUCAAGCCACCACCACUCAUUCAUCCAACAUCAGCACUUCUCCAAAAACAUUUUCAAUUAUCCUCUACAAAUCUAGAAUCCAUUCAUACUCCGUUUCUUCACAAGGAAGAUCUUUGA